AUGGCGUUCAAGUCUCUCCAACUCCUCUUCCUUUUUCUCACCACCACUGCACCUCAUGUAAUCUCUAAACAAAACUCAAUUUCAUUUCCUCAACAUCUCCAUGGAUGUCGUAAAGGUGACAAUGUCAAAGGAAUCCACAAUAUCAAAACAUACCUUCAACAUUACGGUUACUUAUUACACAACACGAGUACCGACUUCCACACCAACAAACUAAAAAAUGACAUAUUCAACGAUGCCUUAGAAUCCGCCAUUAAAUCAUACCAAAAACGGUUUAACCUCAACAUGAGUGGAGUUUUGGACGAAGAAACAUUAGUUCAAAUCUCCAGACCUCGAUGUGGGGUACCAGAUUUCUCCAUGUCCAACCCGAAUAAGAAUCCCAAGGAUGAUCUCAAAAUGUCGUCUCAUUACACUUUCUUCCCAAACAACCCAAAAUGGCCAAAUACCAAAUUCCAUCUAACCUACACAUUUACUAACAAUUACCCGUUAAACUUGGUGCCAUCAGUGACUGAGGCUAUGGCUACAUGGGCUUUAAACUCACAAUUUACAUUUUCAGAAGUUGUGGAUGGCCAAAUAGCUGACAUUAAUAUUAGCUUUCAAAGAGGAGAGCAUGGAGAUGGAAAUCCUUUUGAUGGACCAGGGGGAAUGUUUGAUCAUGCUUCUGCACCAACUGAUGGGAGAUUGCACUUCGAUGGAGACGAGAGUUGGUCGGCGGGGGUGGUUGAUAAUGAGCUUAAUGUAAUGACUGUGGCACUUCAUGAGCUUGGACAUGUUCUUGGACUUGGCCAUAGCUCUAUUCAACAAGCCAUCAUGUGGCCCUAUAUGAAUCCUGGUACUAUAAAAGGCUUGAAUGAUGAUGAUAUUGUUGGACUUCGUGCUUUGUAUGGUUAA